AUGUCCGACAUCGCAGGUCCCUCGACACCAAACUCACGAAAGAGAUCCAAGUGGGAUGUAGAAGAAAACCAGGCACAGAGCAGUACUCCAGAGCAAGGGCUGAUUAAAAAGCGACAAAAAGUCAAGAAUAUCAGGGUCCACGAACCUGAACCAGCUCAAGCGUCGAACCGUCCUCCAAAUAUCCCAAGCAGAACUGCACCGUCGCACAGCAGAUCCGUUCCGCCGCGCACUCAUCAUCCUCCCCUUAUUCCUUCACGUUCCGUCUAUUCAUACGAACGCUUAAACCAAAUCGAAGAGGGAUCCUACGGCGUGGUAUUUCGUGCUCGAGACAAGCAAACGGGUGACAUAGUUGCUCUGAAAAAGCUGAAGCUCGACGAGGAGAAAUAUGGGUUUCCUAUCACCGCUCUGCGCGAGAUAAACGCGCUUAUAGCGUGCAAACAUGACAACGUCGUUGGUAUUCGAGAGAUUGUCGUAGGAGAAACAUUAACUCAAGUGUUCAUCGUCAUGGACUUCAUUGAGCAUGAUCUGAAAUCGUUGCUCACUCUCAUGCCUCAACCAUUUCUCCAAUCCGAGAUCAAAACGCUUAUGCGACAGCUGCUGUCGGCAGUGGCUCAUUGUCACAAAAACUGGAUUCUUCAUCGCGAUCUGAAGACGAGCAACCUGUUGAUGAAUAACCGUGGAACAAUUAAAGUCGCGGAUUUCGGUCUUGCGCGGAGAUAUGGAGAUCCCGUUGGGCUAGGUGGUAUGACACAACUAGUUGUUACUCUUUGGUAUAGAGCGCCAGAGAUCCUUCUUGGCGCGACAACGUACUCUACCGCUGUCGACAUGUGGUCCGUCGGGUGCAUAUUCGGAGAGCUUCUCUUGAAGGAACCCAUAUUUCCAGCCAAGAAUGAACUCGAGCAAUUAUCGUUGAUAUUCAAGAUGCUCGGCCCUCCGACAUCAUCAUCCUGGCCGGGAUAUGCAAGCCUUCCACUCGCGAAAACGAUAUCCUUGCCCAUGUCUCAUGCACCUCAAUUCCGUCAAAAGUUCCCGUACCUGACCGUGGCAGGAAUUGACCUAUUGUCACAAUUAUUGACGUACGAUCCAGAUCAACGUAUAAAUGCGGAAGAGGCUCUACAGCAUCCAUAUUUCAGCGAAUCGCCUCUUCCAAAACAUCCAGACCUAUUCAGUUCUUUCCCUUCCGUAGCUGCGGGCGAGAAGCCGCGAAAGAAGCCGGACAGUCCAGCUGCACCUCAUGGAGCGGCCAAAUACCAACUACUGACAGACUUGGAUCUGCCUUAA